AUGAGAAAACUCUUGCUGAUAGGAGGAUUCAUUGUUCCUUGCACAAUAGGAGGGUUAGUGAAUGAGAAAACUCUUGCUGAUCUUGGUGCGAGCAUCAACCUCAUGCCCUACAAAAUCUUCCAAAAACUUGGGCUUGGAGAACUGAAAGCCACAGCUAUGACUUUACAGUUGGUCGACAAGUCCAUCAGGCAACCAAGAGGGAUAAUUGAAGAUGUUUUGGUUAAAGUGGGAAAGUUCAUUUUUCCUAUAGAUGUCGUCAUUCUUGAUGUUGAUGACAAGGUUGAGGUACCAUUGAUUUUAGGAAGGCCAUUUUUAGCAAUUUCAAAGGCUCUCAUUGAUAUUAAGGAUGGUCGAAUAACACUCCAACUUGGAGAAGAAGAAGUGGUUUUCAAACCCCGAGACUCUAUGAGACAUACUAUGGACUUUGAUGACACUUGUUAUUGUCAAACUUCCAUGUUGGAGAUCUUCUUACAUGAAGAUUACCCACCCGACGUUGAACUCCUCAGACUUCCAUGUUGGAUAUCUUCCUGCAUUUGA